CGGGCUUGGCACGGCGCUGCGCACUCCAGCCCCAGAAGUAACGUUACAUCUGAGCAGUGGAGCUCUAAGCUAGACAUGGCGGCGGAUCCCAAGCCGGACUUGUUCUCCUCCCUGCCCUCUUCUUGGAGUAAUGGGGUGACUCGGGAUGGACGCAUAUUCUUCAUCAACGAAGAAGCAAAGAGCACAACCUGGUUGCACCCUGUAACGGGAGAGGCUGUAAUCACGGGGCACAGAAAAACUCAAGAUUUACCAACAGGAUGGGAGGAAGGAUACACAUUUGAGGGAGCGCGCUGCUUCAUCAAUCAUAAUGAGAGAAAGGUGACCUGUAAGCACCCAGUGUCAGGCGUCCCCUCCCAAGACAACUGCAUCUUUGUCGUAAAUGAACAGCCGGCUCCUCAAGCUUCAUCAGAGCAGGGCGGCAGCAGUGACAAGAAGGAACGUCCCAUGAGCACGAUGACCGAGGCUUCAAACUACACAGGUGGCUCUGAUUACAGCACCUUCCCUGGCAGCCCGGCCACCGCUGUCACUACAGCCACCCCCACCUCCACGUUAUCCACACGGCCAUCUAGGUCUUUCAAAAAAGUUCACAACUUUGGAAAGCGCUCAAACUCCAUCAAGAGGAACCCCAAUGCCCCGGUGGUCAAGAGCAACUGGCUUUACAAACAGGACAGCACAGGCAUGAAGCUCUGGAAGAAAAGGUGGUUUGUUCUGUGUGACAUGUGCCUCUUCUACUACCGGGAUGAGAAGGAGGACAACAUCUUGGGAAGUAUCCUGCUGCCAAGCUUUCACAUCUCAAUGCUGUCGGUGGAUGACCACAUCAGCAGGAAAUACGCUUUCAAGGCCACUCAUCCCAACAUGCGCACGUAUUAUUUCUGCACUGACUCAGCCAAAGAGAUGGAGUCUUGGAUGAAAGUCAUGACGGAUGCUGCCCUGGUCCACACUGAACCAGUCAGAAGAGUGGACAAGUUGAAAGUGGAUCAGCGAACACCUCAGGAGUUGAACAUCUUACUCAACCACAGAGUCCUAACUCGGCCUGAGAUUCAGAACAAUGAACGCAACCGUGAGCCUGUGCAACAGCAACGUUCCUUAUCUCGAGUCAACAACAAACAGCAACAAGACCCAAUGAAAACCAAUGGCCAAAUGGAGCGUGAGUACUACAGCUUACAGAGAGACGGGGAGAGGUAUGCCCUGAAAAAAGACGGGCUGAGCUACAUGCUUCAGACGGAAGAAGACCGGUAUCUCCUCCACAAAGACAGAGAGAAGAGCAUGGUCCAGAAAGACAGAGAGGUGUACGCAAUUCACAAGGAUCUGAAGCGGCAUGCUCUCCAGAGUGUGGAUGGAAAAUGUAGUGUGACGUCGACGGAGGAGAAAUACGCCCCCACUAAAGAUGGAGAGAAGUACCUGCCACAGAACGAUGGAGAAAAGUAUGCACUGCAAAUAAUAGAGGACAGGCUCACACUUCAGAAGGGACAGAAAUGCAAUCCCCAGAAAGCGGUAAAGAGACAGCUGUCACUGAAGGAGACAGAGAUGCCUGGCAUAAUGAGGAGGACAGACAGUAAAUAUGGUACCAUUCAAGUUGUGGACAAAUACGGCACUCUGAAGGCAGUGAAAAAAUACGCGACUCUCAGAGAAGGAGAUAAGUAUGCUACUCCCAGAGAUGCAGGGAGGUAUGGUACCGUUCGUGGGGAAAUGUAUGGCUUUCAGAGAGACCUGAGUGCAGAGAGGCCUCUGACUAAAAUCAGCAGCAUCAAGCUGCAGCCGGCCCAGGCCGCUGCUAUCGCUGCUGCAGUGUCGGCGUCUCGCCAUGGCCAGGCCAACCUCAAUGCCCACGUUCCUGCACAGGUCAAUGACUCAGGGUCCACGGUGGACAAUCGGACUGGGGACUGCAGCCCGGCAGAGGUGGACAGCAGCGUGGCGUUGGGUCCAGGAAAGUCCCCUGCUUCUGUCCAGGAGUCAGAGAGGGGCCUACCCAGGACCAACUCCAUGCAGCAGCUGGAACACUGGGUCCGCACAUACAGGACAAAAGGACUGGACGAUGACACCAGGAGUGUAACGUCCUAUCAGACCUUACCCAGGAACAUGCCCAGCCACUGUCCUCAGAUCGUACCCCGUUUCCCAGAGGGGUAUCGCACGCUUCCCCGCAACACUAUGAUGAGGCCCGGCAGCAUCUGCAGUGUGGCAGGGUCUGUGUAUGACCAGGCCCUCCGUCCUGCCUCCACAUACACCGUCACCACAGCGGAGAAGAGGAGGUCGAUGAGGGACGACACCAUGUGGCAGCUGUACGAGUGGCAGCAGCGGCAGGCCUUCUCCAGGCACAGUUUGGCUCAGCCAACAGCCGUGGGUCACUAUGGUACUCUUCCCAGCACAAAGACCAUGGGUAACAUCUCUGAAUACGCCGUGGCACACUCCAUACCCACCUCGCCAUCUCACGGCUCCCUGGCUCUCUACAGCACCUUCUCCCCUCCUCGCCAGCAGGUUGCUCACAACCCCAGCAACUCCCAAUCUGAUGUCUCCUCACCCGUCCUAAGUGGGGACGUGACGCAGGAACACUGGCACAGGACGCACGCCACCAAGUCUCAUCCUCCUCUCCCACAGUACAGCUACCAACCUGACAGACGAUCCCUCCCAGUCCCUCCCCAGUCCAUCACCCCACAGUCCCUGCAAGGCAAGACGCCCGAGGAGCUGACUCUGCUCCUGAUCAAGCUCCGCCGACAGCAGGCGGAGCUCACCAGUCUCCGGGAACACACAGUAGCUCAGCUAAUGGCUCUGGGUUUGGAGGGCCCCAACGCUAAGACUGAUGUUCUUUCUCAUCACCUCCAAAGGAACCUUGUUUACCUGGACAGCCAGACGAAGGACAAUGAGCCUCUAAUCUUCAUGAUUCACACUAUGAUCGAGAACUCGGCACCGAGGCCGCAACUCUAUCAGCAAACCAGUCCAGACGACUUCCAAAACGACUCCUUCACCCAGUGCACUGCAGAGCCUAAUAUAGACAUUAAGCUCAGCAGACUGUGUGAGCAGGACAAGGCAGCAAGGAUGCAGGAGGAUAAAUUACAGCAGCUACACAGAGAGAAGCAUACUCUUGAGACGGCCCUGCUGUCGGCCAGUCAGGAGCUGAAUGAACAGAGUGGCUCCAAUGCUGUAGCUACAAAGAGCCUGGUCCAGCAGAGAGACGUGCUGCAGAGCGGUCUACUCAGCACCUGCAGAGAGCUGUCCAGAGUCACCACUGAGUUGGAGCGGUCCUGGAGGGAUUACGACAAGAUGAGAGCAGAUGUCACUAUGGCUAAGUCCAACCUGCUGGAGCAGCUGGAAGCCCUGGGCAGCCCACAGACAGAACCUCCUAGCCAGCGACACAUCCAGAUCCAAAAGGAGCUGUGGAGGAUCCAGGAUGUGAUGGAGGCUCUGGCCAAAAAUAAGCCUCAGCGGAGCAUAGACAGCACAGUCUUACCUGCUUCCAAAGCGCUCUCCAGUCGACAGAAGGAUGAGGCAGUGAUGCUGCUGCCACUCAGCCCUCUCAAGGAGGGCGACAGCUUGCCCCCCCGCCCCCCUCUCCCCCAGUACUACAACUCAUCAGUGCGCCCCACAUACGCGCCCCCCCACUACUCACAUCCUGGCGGCCGCCCACCCCCCCACAUGCACCGCCCUGAAGAUCGCAAGGCCAGCGCCAGGAACGGAGUGAACAGCCAAUCGCCAGACUACCGGCUGUAUAAGAGUGAACCUGAGCUGACCACUGUGAAGGAGGAGGGAGACGAGGCCAACAACGAGGACAAGAACAAGAUGGAGAGCUCUCCUGAGAGUAAGGACGCCUCAGCUCCCGCAGUGCCUCUCUAUCCAGUGGGCAUCAUUCUUCCCAGGACCAAAUCUCCCAUGAGUCCACCAGAGUCCUCCAACAUUCCCUCCUAUGUCACCUUAAGGAAGCCCAAGAAGCCUGAAUCCAGAUCUGACCGGCCCAGGAGUGUAGUGGAUCACACAGGGUUUGGGGAGAGAGAGAUGGGUAGAACGAGGAUGAGUGUGGAGGAGCAGCUGGAGAGGAUGAGGAGAAACCAGGAAGCCUCCUCAGUCCGAGAAAAGAAGAGAGAAAACCCAUCCCGCUCGCCCUCAUUCAGCAAAGACAACCAUUUUAUUAUCCAGCAGACUAAGGUCCAGGCAGAGGCAGCCUGUGCAGACCCAGGGGAGCUGGAGGCAGCUCUACAACAGCUAAAGAUGGCUCACAUGGAGCAGAGCAGGAGUCAUACAGAACGUGCCCCUCAGGAGAUGGAGGAGGUGAAAAAUGAGUUUGAGGAGACGCAGCGGUACGGGGACGUGGACCUGCAGAUUGUGCAGGAGCCGCAGACCGAGGCCAACUACAGAGAUGAUGAGCUGUGUGAGAGCCAGAGGGUGACGAUUUUCGACCUGGGCACAGAGCCUCAGCAUGUCGAGAUUUUACACCUUCAUCCUUUUGAGGAUGAGGAAAGCAGAGAGCAAGAUGUCACCAGCUCGCCGACAAACACCACCACAGAAAACAGCUUUCAGACUCUUGAGCCGGAAACACCGAGCCCAGACCCACGGGACACGGAACCAGACUUGACACAACAGACCACCAGGGAGGAGAAGCUUGAGAAGAGAUUGAAUUCUUCCAAAAAGCCGACAGCUGACGAAAAAAAACUUAGCAACAACAACAUGUUGGUUUCACAGACGUUCACCCUGGUGAGCAGUGACACGUGAGCAACGCUGGCUUCGACAAUCACGCGUCCCUUAAAGCCACAAUGUAGCUUGCCUGCAUCGCAUGCUUCCCGGACUUUAGAGGAGGACUACUUUGAUACUACUGUUAAAAGCAGACUGAGACGGAGAGGAUGAUCACCCUGCAAACAGACUCCUCACCGAGGGGAUGCUGUCUCUUCCACACAGAAAUGAACUGUUUCUUACCACAUGUUAGAUUUAUCCAUUCUGAUACAACCCUGACCUAAACAUCAAUUCUAUGGAGUGGGAUUUGUCACAAAAUAUGUCAGCAUAAAAAUAAGAUUGUGAAAUGGUUAAGGCACAAAAGAAGCAUAAUAAAAUAUCUCUGUUUUCAAUUAAAUAAAACUUAGCAACCCAAGAUAUUUUCUUUACAAUCCUGGAGUGAGUUUAAGAGCUACUUUUUAUUAUUCUUAAUAAGUAAGAUUUGAAAAUGAAUCAGUACCCCCAAAAAAAACAUGGUAGAGCAGUUGCUCUGGAUGAAUGGGAAGCUGAGAAACGUAUGACUUUUUGAUUUGAUGACUUUUCUGUUAAGUUGUGAACUGCACGUGGAAUGAAGUCAUUAGCCCCCAGGGGGCCAUACAGUCUGUCCACAUGCAAAAUCCUCUGUCCCAAAACCCCCGGCACAGAAAAAACUCCCCCCAUAUUAAACAUUCAGAUCCUAGUGAUAUAUUAGUUUUCUGUUUUUCUUUCUUCCCCUUUUUCUGUUCAUACCUUUAUUGCUAUAAAUAUAAAGAAACAAACCAUUUCACAAUUGUGAUUGUAUGCACAACUUAUUUUGAGAUCAAUAUAGCUCCAUAGAGAUGUGUUGGCAACCAUACACACACACACACCCAUGCGCAAAAUUAUUAAAUUAAUGUUAACAUAAUCAUUCUUAGACUCUUGAUCCGGAGGAUGGGAUAUUUGCUGUUACUGAGUUCUUAGAGGUGAGCGUACACCUGCAUAUAGUCUCACUUCUGAUGGGCUGAGCACCAAAUCCCAACACACACGCAGUGCAUUGCUUUAACCAUAAAGUGACCACAGAUGCUUGCGGAUUUUAACCUGCUCAGAUUUUUUGUGUUUAUUGGAGACCGGGCGCUCCCAUACCAUUAUAUUUUCACUUUGUACCUGAGGCAUAAGAUAUUGUCCUUCAUUUGAAAUAUAGAUAUGAAUAUAUAAAAAGGUACAAAUAUAAAAAUAAAGCAUUUUUUACUUCAACAAGGUGCCACUUCAUGCUGCUGCUUCUUUUGGAUAGAAAUAAGUGUUUUGCCUAAAUUGUGAUUUUUUUAUGUAGCCUGAAGUCUGUUAACAACACAUUCAAUCUGAUGAACGUUUUUGAUUCCUAGUAUGCUUUUUCAGUUUCUAUUGUUAUACUCUUUACUUUACAUUACUUAGAAGAUAUAAACACGACAUGACACCGAUUAGAUAUGUUGAGUUGGAAUCUGCCAUAGGUGUUGAGGAAUUGGAAAAUAGCACAUGUACCAAGCAAUAAGUCGGACUAUGGAGCUCCAAGACAUCAAAUCAAUUUAAAAUAGAUGUAUACAUUGUAAAAAGAAAUAAAAAAUAAAACAAAAUAGCAUAAUGUAUAUACACACUGAAAAGAAGAGUGAAUAUUCUAACUAUAAGAUGUAUUAAUGUUAUUAGGUUCAAUAUGCAAAGUUAAUAGCCCAUCUGUUUUAUAUCAUGUGAAAUAAAUGUUGAUGUUCUUAAAAUA